CUGAAAAACAUGAAUUUUCUUUGUUUUAUUUCACCUUGUAGGAAUUCAAUGACGGCCUCCUCUGGCAAGAAGAAAGGGAGCUUACCCGAGCCUUGUAUGCUUCACUACAGAGACCUAGAUCAGAACAGGACAUCGCAGAUGAUGAACUACAACAAGAGAACCUAGAGCUACAGAGCAAAGAAUCUAAGAAUCAAGGCAGUGAACUCCCUCUAGACUUACCACAGGCUGAUGUGCAGUUGGGUGCAGAACCACAGUUUGUAGAAUUUCCAGCUACAUGUACAGAUAGCAGCGCGGAACCUCUUCCUUUGAGUGAACCCCAAAGGCUGACUGAUAUCACUGAGCAACAAAGUAUCCUUGAAGUUGGAGGCCAUUCAGUUGUAGACAAUCCUGUGGAAGACCAUCCUGUUGUAGUCCAUCCCAUUGUAGAUGAAUCUGUUGAAGAACACUCUGUUCUUGCACAGGCUGUUGUUAACCAUACUGCAGUUAGUCAUGCUUUAGUGGACAUUGUACAUCCUGAGGAACCCUUGAAUAUAACUGACCCUGACCACAAUGACAUACAAGCAACGGAAACAUUUCAUGAUAUAAAUUCUGCCAAAAUCCAUCCCCAACCUGAAGAAUGUCCUGUAAAGACAAGAUCUCGAGAUCCAGCAAAACCGAAAUCUUCUGAAAGAAAAGAUAAUUCAGUUUUUAAAGGCUCACCAUCAAAGUCAAAGAAACUCCCCGAAGUUGAAAGAUCUCCAAAGGUUCAGAAAUCCUCAAAGCUAAGAGGUUUUUCUAGAUCAAAAAUGUCGCUAGAAAGAAAACAUAUUCACAUGAAGAAAGUAAUAUCUGGAAAAUUCAAAUUUUCCAUGAUUUCUAGUCCUAAGUUGGUUUCUACAAGGACAUUGAAACCAGAGUUAUCAAAACCAGUUGUUACGAGGUCUCACUCUCCAAAAUUUAUGAGCCCUGGGCUGCAAGGAAUAAAAUCUAAGGAAGUUUCCAAAGAGUUAUCUGAAAGUAUAGCUCAUCGCGUCAAAGCAUCUAUAUCAGGCAGUUCAGGGAGUGCUAUGGGUAAUAUUCUGUGCCGACCUUUGAGAUCACAAAAGAAGAAACAAAAUGCUAAAGCAAAUGCAGUGAUCAAUGAUUGUGCAGAUGAAAAAAAGAAUUCUGGUGAUUUCCUUCCACCACCCCCUCCACUGCCACCACCCCUGCUUCUUACAAAGAAACACAAAUCAAAUGCUGUAGCCCAUUCCAAACAGUCCUUGACUAAAUGCAAAGAGAGGAAAUGCUUUGCUGUCAGUAGAGAGAGCUCUGCAAAAGCCAGUCAAGUGCCUAGCAUACAUGACAAAAAACCCAAACUGAAAUCCAUACCCAAGCAACCUUUACGAAGUCUACGCCGGGACCUCCGUAGUAGGAGCAAGUUUAAGAUGCCACAUGCAGAACCUGCUACAAGUCCAGCCACUCGUCGGAGCACCAGAGGCCAAAACACAUCCUCGUCGUCUCCAUCUUCAGGAGCAUCUUCAUAUACCCAUAGCCAAGAUGAGACUAAGUCCACAACAUCAUCAACAUCAUUGGUAACAAGACAGUCCAUAGCUAGGAAAGCAAAGGAGAGACUGAUGGUGAAGAGAAAGAGUUCUGCUGCCAUAGUUUCAUCAACUUCUGGAGAAGAGGAUGAUGUCAAAUCGUCAAAACCUAAAAAGGCCAAGGUUCAAGCCCAGCGUAAGUUUGCCUAUCCGCAGGCCUACAGUCCUAGCUAUACCCCAUCCAAGGUGAAGAAUGGAGAUAUGAUAAACUCUACCAAAUCCUGCAGUAUUUUCAAUCACUGCCCUUCUACUGAAGACUUCUUAACAUUCCUGUGCCUCAGAGGCACACCAUCUCUACCUCCCAGUUUGGAUCUGUUCAAAGUGCAAAGUAAACCCAUACCAAAUCUUCUGCGGCUAAUGCCAAAGCAACUGGCUGGCCGCAAGAGGAGUGCCCCCAGCACAUUACAAAGUGACAGUGACAUCAACAUACCAGGCAUCGAGCCACUGCCUAGGGAGGACUCUGCCCCUUUUACUCCCACUCAGAACCCAACAAAGUGCACCAAGACCUCACUUCCAAGAUUGUCCAAAACAACAGCCAUAGCAUCAGUCACUUUGAUGCAACAGAAGAUGAAUAUCAGGGACAGAAGGCUGAGACUUGAUAAUAGGCAAUUUAAGGCUUCUGACAGAAUCAGUAAGAAUCUCCAGAACUCUCUCAAGUCCAACAAGAAGAAUAUUGUUGGGAAUGGUCCUCAGCAGUUACCACCAAAUUUGUCUCCAGUGCCUCCACCUAUCCUUUCGAUUCAACGUAGUAGGCAUCCACCCCCUCUGAUCCCUAUUGUACCCUGGGAGAACAAACGCCAGACAAACAAUCACCUCUCUAGCAGGAAUGCUGCUGGGAGGAAAUCAUCUUUUGUCAGAAACAAUUUGACCAGAUCCUCAGGAAGAUCCUCUAUUAGAAACUGUGUGCCUUGGAAUAACAAUACCAUCAAUCAUAGACUAGAACAAGACUUACAAGAGGACCAAAGUCCCAUCAUCACUACCUCAAGAGCAAAGAACAGAGGUUUGAGGAAAGAGGCUCAAAAGAAUAACCACAAGAAUAGUGACAGACAGUCAAGAAUAUCACAGAGACUCAAGAAUGAAAGAUGUUCUGGUGAGGUCAUCAAUGGGUCUAAUCAUCUUCGAGGCAAACUUGAUCCCCCUAAUGGUCAUACCCUUCUCAGUCAAAUUAAGCUUCUAAAAGGAUCUAGGAGAGAGCGCAAGGAAAAGAAAUGUUCUUGUCAUUCACAAAAUUGUUCUCAAAUAACUCGCUCGAGGCAUAAGAAUGCAGAUAGGGAAUUUGCAUUUGAGGGUGCCAUUGAGGAAGUACUGAAGACGGCAAAGAGACAAAAGAAAUUGAAAGAUAUGAAAAGACGUAGUUCUAGGAAACUCAGAAACAGUUCAGUUAUGCUGCGAGAUAGGGUACAAGCUGCAGAAUUGAAGCUAGAAGACUCCAUCAUAGAGAAGGCUGAUGCAAUAAACAAUGUCCUGUCAACAAAUGGGAUCAGUAAGAGGCUCACCAUACCUCUCACCAACUGCACAUUUAAUAAUAAUGUUCUCAGGAAGGAAAGUAUGAUCUGUCCAAAGGCCCAUCUCAAUCAUGAAUUUAAGGAAAAAUUAACUGAAUUGAAGAUCAAGGAAGGUGAAGAAGAGGAAUGUCCUGUAGCAAAGCCCAACAAAAUGAGGAAUCCUCUUCUUUUAAAGAAUCAUAAAGAACUGUUGCCAUCCAAGGUCACAUCAGAAACAACACCACAGAAGCUGCAAAAGAAGGCUCAGGGACAAUCUCCAAAGCGUAACAGGGCCAAGACCAAGAAUGGGCUGACUCCAUUCAAGAUUUUGAAAGAGGAGCCACCAGUAGAGUCUGGACCUUCACGAUUCAUUGAGGGUGUAAAGGAGGGACUGGUUCUUAGACCAACAGCAGAGGAGUGGAGUGAUCCAAUGGCUUACAUGGAAUCCAUUGCUGAUCAGCUUAAUGAAUAUGGAAUGUGUAGGGUUAUUCCACCUGAUGGUUGGAGGGUAGGUUAUACUCCCCAAGAAAUUGCUGAGCAGAACUGAGAAUCCUAAAACCUAGUAGUGCCCCUCAAACAAUCCCAAGUUUCUAGAAUUUUUCUGAGGUUCAAUGUAUUAAAGCUAGGAAGCAAUAAAAAAUCUGAUCGUUCAUCUUUUUGUCAACAGUAAUAUGUAGGUUAAUGUCAAAUCAGAAUUGAACAAAAUCACAUAUAGGUUCCAGAUGAUUGAAUCCCAUUGGAAUAUGACUUAUGCAGCAGUCACAUUUUCCGUCUGGUGUCCGCACUGUGAAUUGAAAACAGCUGUUUUACUGAUUUCUAUACGAACCAUACACAAGAAGCUGGUACAAAAGUUAUAAGUCUGUUUUCAACUCACCUUAUGGCCUGAAUAGGCACAAUGUGACUGCGCCAUGAACAAAGUCUGAUGAAUAUGAUUGAUGCAAACACGAUUUAUAGAAUUGCCUUGUCUCGCCCACCAGAGGUGAAGGCAAAACUGAAGGAUCCAAAUGUCGUCCGUCCAUCACAAACAUUAUGACACCUGAGAAGCCGUGAGUCAUUUUUAAAUCAAACUUGGGUUGUAGAUGAACUUAUGGUACUUGCAUGUUAUGGUGCAGCCAAAGGUCACAAAGUAAGGUCAAAGGUAACUUUGAGGUCAAAAAUAAAGUUUAUGUGCAAGAAUCUCUUUUAACACAUAACUUUGCAACUGUUGUACAUGUACUUAGGUAGGGUUCCUGCAUGUUAUAGUCACGGGUGAUAUUCUCAGAUUUAAAUCGAAAUUCUGAUUUUCAUUUUCCUAUCAAGGCAUACAAUUUUUUCCUUCAUUUUUACCCAGUUUUGAAAAUCCAAGCUUUUUUCUGAUUUUUUUUUGGUUCUGAUUUGAAAAAGCUACCAUAGAUAUUGUACCGUUUGGCUCUAAUUGUGAGAAGUUUUACCACACCACCACAGAGCUUCCAGCCCUGAAUAGCAUGAGCGUGCUGGUGCUGGUACCGUACCCCUGAGCUGUCCGGGCCAGCGUGGCUGGGCGCAGAGCAUAGACAAGCUGAUAUCUUGGAACAAGUGUGCCAAUGUUCGUUCGGGGGUCGCGAUAUGAAUCUUCUAUUGUUACCUUGUGAAAUUUUUUUAAGGGGAAUUUAUUGCAGGCAUCAAAGCUUUUGUGGAUCACCCAUGUCUAAUUUGCCACGUUAUCAUCAUUUAUUGUGAUCGUGGUCAUGGAUAUAGACAUGCAAAUGAAUGUUGCAGAGUUGCAAGGAGGGAAAAGAUAGCUGUGAAGGAAGCCAAUAGACGCAUACAUUCAUAAUUCUGAAGCUUCGUUAUUUGAAGGCUUAUAUAUUCUGAAGGUUCGUAAUUCCGAAGGUUCGUUAAUCCGGAAACGAAAUGAGGUUUGUAAUUCCGAAGGUUCGUCAGUCCGAAAACAAAUUGAGGUUCAUAAUUCGAAGGCUCGUCAGUCUGAAAACGAAAUGAGG